UUCAUCAUAACUUGAAACAGGAUCGCAACAUCAAGAUUUGGUGACAUAACAGUGACCGUGGAAGCCUGAGCCUAGCUUAGCGGUUGAGAGAUCAGUCGAUAUAAGAUCGGCCAUAUCCGUUCUUUCGAUGAUUCAACGGAAAAGUUCGUUAUAAGACAUCGUCGUACUAUAAUGGCGACAAGAUAGGAAUCAAAGAUGGCGGAGGCAAACGGUGAAAGUUCGAUGGAGGUGCUAGAAGGCUGUAGAAUGCCGGUAAAAAUGAGUGGUUCUGACGAAUGGCCUUUGGCUGAAAUACUAAGCAAGAGAGAAAUGCCAAAUGGUUCCACUCACUAUUAUGUGCAUUAUAUCGACUUCAAUAAAAGGCUUGAUGAAUGGGUUGAAGAAGAGAGACUGGAUCUGAACAGGCUUCAAAUGCCAAAGAAAGAGGACACCAAGAAGAUUAAUAAAGGAGCUGGUUCCAGGCCUUGUUCACCUGACAGGGAACUGGUGAAUGGUGUGGGGUCUGGCCGACCUAAAGCACCUGUGGGGCGUAAAAGGAAAGCUAAUGCCAUGGACAAGUCGAGUGAUGAG